UCACCUCAUUACGUUGGCGGAAGAGGUCACGUAUAUAUGGGCACGUCCGAAGCGUGCAUCCGCGAUUUUAUUCCUCGUCAACCGGUAUCUAGGGUGUCUCUCGACAGUGGCUCAAGCAGCGGUGUUAUUCGUCGUUAUGUCACCAGAGAGGUGCAUCCAGUACAUCUACUACCGUGAAGUAUUGCUCUUCGUGAACCAAUCCAUCGUGUGUACGCUUUUCAUGAUCCGUACUUACGCGCUCUACGGCGGAAAUAAACGCCUCCUUGUGUUUUUUCUCUUCGCCUUUCCCGCCUUGGUAUCCUCAGCAUCCUGGUCACUCGUAGGUCAGCAGGCGACGUCGGCAAUCAACUUACCUGGCUGCCAGAUGAUCUUCAACACCAACACUGCCAUCCAUCUCGCUGUGCCUUACGAAGCGCUAUGCGUAUUUGACACAUUGAUAUUUGGGUUGACAGCGUAUAAGACGUUCAAGGUUGGUAUACGGUCCAAUGCACACUCGAAACCCAAUUUGGUUGUGCUCCUCUUUCGCGAUGGUGCAAUUUAUUUCGCGAUUGUUGCAAUCGCGAAUCUUGCCAAUAUCCUCUCGUUUUAUGUUGCACCUACACUAAUGAAGGGCGGGCUAUCUACAAUUUCGAUAUGCAUUACCGUUACGAUGGUGUCGAGACUCAUGCUUAACCUCCACAAAACUGCUGAUGCUGGGAUCUUUUCCACGCAUAGACAACACCUCACCGAUAGCCGUGGUGGCGCCAUCUUCACGUCCCAGUUCUCAGAGCCCGAUCAAGGAUGGGAUCUACCGACAGUGACGGAUUAAACGUGUAUUUGGACUCUUGACAUAAUUCUCGCACUUGC